GCAAAUGUUGGUGGCUGGUGCAGGGCAGAGGGGGUUCUGCAGGGUCAGUAAGAGUAGCUGCAGAAAUCAGAACACAUCGACCUGCGCAACUUUUGCUUCGAGACCAGUUUUUUUUUUUUUUUUUAACAUUUACUACUUUUGAUUUUGUUUUCGUCGCUGCAAAGAUGACCACACCCGUGGGGUCGCCUUUCUUCGACUUUGAAGUUAUGAACAAGAACCAUAAACUGCUCAACUACAACAACAACCUGGGUGCCCCUCAUCCCCUGUCUGUCCCUUGCACUGGCACCAAUGUGCCCAUCUCCAACCCCGCCGGAGCCCUGCUGGACAGGAAGGCGGUGGGGACUCCUUCCGUGGGAGGCGUAUACCAGCGGCGGCACUCUGUCAGCAGCACAAAGUUCAACCAGAACCACAACCAGUUCCUGAACAGCCUGAAGGCAGCAGACCAUGCCUCGCUCAUCUCAGGGGUCGGCAACGCCAGCAACAACAAGGAGAACCGCCUCCGAGACCGCUCUUUCUCUGAGACAGGCGAGAGGCUGUUACACAAGUGCCUGGGGCCGGCCAGUCCCACCACUAGCGGUAGCGGCAACAGCCAGGUGAACUCCAGCCGCUACAAGACCGAGCUGUGCCGGCCCUUCGAGGAGAAUGGCGCCUGCAAGUAUGGCGACAAGUGCCAGUUUGCUCACGGAAUCCAUGAACUGCGCAGCCUGAGCCGCCAUCCCAAAUACAAAACGGAGCUGUGCCGCACUUUCCACACCAUUGGCUUCUGCCCCUAUGGGCCGCGCUGCCACUUCAUUCACAACGCAGAGGAGCGCCGCGGGCCUCCUCCACUCUCCUCCUCCAACAAGAUGGAGCGGCCCCGGCUCCAGCACAGCUACAGCUUUGCAGGGUUCCCCAGUUCGGGCGGCCUAAGGGACAGCCCCACCUCAGUCACCCCUCCGCCCAUGUUCUUCCCUGACGAGGUCCCGGAGUGGCCCAGCAGCAACCCUUUCACAUAUUCCAGCCAGGAGCUGGCCAAUCUGUUUGGGCCAAGCCUUGGUGCCGGGCCUGCCGGCACAGAGCCUGGUACCCCCGCACCUCCCUCGCCGACAAGCACCCCAUACUUCUUCAGGCCCAUGCUGGAGUCCCCUCAGAUGUUCGAGUCUCCGUCCAGCCCACCCGACUCCCUGUCGGACCAGGAGGGCUACCAGAGCAGCUCCGGAGGCAGCCUGAGUGGCUCCGAGUCCCCAACCCUCGACACCACCCGCCGCCUUCCCAUCUUCAGCCGUCUCUCCAUCUCUGACGACUAGACGGCAAACGUCCACCCAGCCCAGCCGCUUGAAGAAGUUGGACAACGGUGUAGAGAGCAUGGCACUCCCCCCCCCCCCACUCUACCUAUGCCCCUGUUCUCCCAGCUUCCCUCUCCCACCCUCUCAGCCCACCUCUCCUCCCACACAGGACACCAUGUUAGUUCCUAGUUAGAGGAGUUAGAGGUGUAAAGGAUGUAGUCAAUUAAGGGAUCUUUUUCAAAUCGGUUUCAUCCCAGUUAAUCCUCACAGCAAGUUUUUAAUAGAACCCCCACCAUGUCAUAGUGCCAAAAAAAAAGGAGAGGAAAUUGAACAAUGAAAAUGAUGUGAGAACAACAGUUGACUGUUUUGCCAGGUGCCACUUGUUUUUGUUUUGUUUUCUUCCCUCUAUUUGUUCUUGAAUGUGUAGCAGUACAAGUGGCCUUGGAAUGGGGAGUGCAUUGCACUAUGCCCACCCCUCCACCUGCCCCCCCCUCCCCAUACACACACACACACACACACACACCACACUCGCACCACACACACACACACACCGUCCCUUGUCCCAGACAAUACCACUUCCCUUAAGCUAGCUAGCGGACGCUCACUAAUGCAACUGUAGAAUCUUAUCAGACGUUUUUAUACAGGCUAAGCUAAGACAAAAAAAAAUACAACCCCCUGAAAAUGAUAUGAAUUUCUUUUUUCUAUUUUUUGUGCCUGGUGCCGUUUCUGCAUGUGUUGGGGUGAAAGGACUACUGUUUUUUGUUUUUUUCAUUUGAUUCCCCCCCCUUUACUUUUUUUGGGUUCUGUCAGAUUUGCCCCCUCGCCCCCUUUGGGUCACGGUUCCUUCUCAAGCCCUGUCUUAUGUAAUUGUGGACUGCGUAAGUCUGCAGGAAGGACUUUGAACUGGAAGUUGGUUAUGUUUAUUGGUUUUUCUUCUCUUUUUUUUCCUCUUCAUGUUGCUGGUCACUGGCUCUUUUCUGGGAAGGAAGUCUUUAUAUCUAACUGAUUAUUAAACAUGUAAGACUGUCCCGCCUCUUCACCCACCCACCCGCCCCUCCCCUUCCCGCCCCCCGUUCAUGCCGAUCCGCAGGCUGUGGGGAAUUCCAGCAUUCCCGUGGUGCCGUUGGGACGUCCUGCGACUUGAUAAGAUCGGAUCUCCAAGCUAUCCUCCAUUACCCCCGCCUUCCCCCUCCACCCCUCCUCCGCCCCCCCCCCCCACAUCAUGCUCUCAGGAGCACUCUGUACUCAUUACAUCCCCUUUGCUUCCUUUAUUUGAUAAUUAUUUUUUAUUAAUGUUGUUAUUAUUAUUAUUAUUAUUAUGUUAUUAUUGUUUGAAAACUUUCUAGACAGAAGGUUUGCUUGUCACUGCUUAUUUAACUUAUCAAAAACAUAUUUAUUGGUGAUCAUAUGCAUUUUUUUGUUAAUUUUGUUUUGUAUUUAUCUGGAUAAUGAACAAUAGAAUAUAUUUUCUUUUAUGUUAAAUUAUGAUCUUCCAUAUUAAUCUAAAGAUUGUGAAGACGUUUUGUCAGUUUCCUUUUUUCACAGUUUAAUAUAUUGUACUACAAUGACUUUUUGUUUUGCAACUACACUUUGUCAAAAUGAAACUUAAUUUAAAACAAAAAGAUGCAAAAAAAAAGAUGUUUUGCGUUUUGAUUAUUUAUUGUCAAUUUUUUUUUCUUUCUCCCUGUUGUUGGACUGCAAUUUCGUCUACGAGCUAGAUCCACUCGUCUUCAUUCCCGAGCGAUCCUCUCCACAGCCCACAGUGAUUUGACAGUAGCAGUUUCUCGCUGUUAUCACCCGAACUCAGCCGCUCCUCGGUCUUUAUUUCUUAUUUUUCCACUCGUGACUCAGACCCACCUCUUUCUCUCUCUCUCUCUCUCUCUCUCUCUCUCUCUCUCUCUCUCUCUCUCUCUCUCUCUCUCUCUUUCUCGGUGCUGUGAAUGACAUCAGCAGCUCGGAGGCGCUUGGCGUGGCGAGCAUCAGUGGAAAAGCUCACACGCUGCACACGGGUUGCUAGCUUCUUGGUGUAAAGAGUGGCGAUUUUUCUCUUCUGUUUUUAAACCCCCUCCGUCGAUGAUGAGUUUACAUCUACGGACACCCAGACUGUUAUUACAAGCAAUAGCUGUGACCAAAUGGGUUGAGGAAAGGAUUUCUAUAUUUAAUUGGAUGUUGGAUGCGCUUGCUUGGUGCCUCUUGAACCGGUUUAAGUGCCUCAUCUGAAUACAUUCCAGGUAGCUAAGGCUCUCUGCCUUUUUUAUAUUUGAUAAUGUAGAUUGAUGAAAAGAAAAAAAUUUAAGUCACUAGUUCCAUGUUGCCUCCAAGUUUGGAAAGAGGUGAAAAGAUUUGACACAAAGAAAGUAAACUGUUGAAUGUAUUUUUCCAGCCAUGUUUUUUUUGUUUGUUUCGUUUUUCACUACAGUAAUUUUUUGUGCGUUUAUAUAGAGAAAAAAAACUGUUCUUCUCUUUUUGUAUUGAUUGCAGUUUAAAUCAAUAAACCCCGUAUUUUUGAAAAGUU